AUGAUACCAACUUUCAAAAGGAUGAUGUCCAGCAAGCCAACGAUCCCCAAGCAGUUCAAAUCACUGGUUUACUCAUCUCAUAGUGUUGAAGAUCCAACUUCAGUACUAACCUUACAACGAUACACUCCAAAGGAAGAUCUCACUAAGUCUAUUGUACUACGUUCUUUAGCCUUCCCAAUCAACCCUUCUGAUAUCAAUCAGUUACAAGGAGUGUACCCCUCUUUACCCGAAAAAACCUUAGAUUACUCUACGAAAGCUCCUUCUGCAAUUGCUGGUAAUGAAGGUGUCUUUGAAGUAGUUUCUAUUCCAGAAGGUGAAACAGACCUGGUUCAAGGCGAUUGGGUAAUCCCGCUCGAAGCCAAUCAGGGAACUUGGUCAGAUUACAGAGUUUUUGCUAAUUCUUCAGAUUUGAUUAAAGUUAAUGACCUUGAUCUUUAUACUGCAGCAACAAUUUCUGUUAAUGGUUGUACUGCAUAUCAACUAGUGAAGAAUUAUGUCAAUUGGGAUGUGCAAAGUCUAGGUAAUGAAUGGCUGGUUCAAAAUGCGGGAACUUCGGGUGUUUCCAAGAUGGUAAGUCAAAUAGCGAAGGCGAAUGGUAUCAAGACAUUAAGUGUCAUUCGUGAUAGGGAUGAUUUUGAUGAAGUUGCUAGUACUUUGGAGAAAAAAUAUGGUGCAACAAAAGUCAUCUCCGAAACUCAAAAUAAUGAUAAGCAAUUUAAUAAGGAAGAAUUACCAAAGAUUUUAGGUUCUCAUGCUAGGGUAAGAUUGGCACUCAAUUCUGUUGGGGGAAAAUCCAGUUCAGCUAUUGCAAGAAAGUUAGAAAAUGAUGCCUUAAUGCUAACCUAUGGUGGGAUGUCCAAACAACCUGUUACACUUCCAACAUCAUUGCAUAUCUUCAAAGGACUAACAUCUAAAGGGUUUUGGAUUACAAAAAACGUUAAGGAAAGACCCCAAGAUAAGAUUGAUGCCGUCCAGAACAUAACUGAAAUGUACAAGGAUGGAACAUUCCUUUCUCCCAGAGAUGAAAUUGAAAAAUUACAAUGGGAUGUCAGAAGAGCAUCGGAUAACGAUAUUCUUGAACUAGUCAAAGCUGGAAUAAGAGGGAAAGGGAAAAAGAAGGUGGUUGCCUUACAAUGGUGA